AUGGUGUUUGCUGCAUACAAGAGUGGGCUUGGAAAAGAAGGAGUUGCCAAAUUUAGUGAGGUCUUCAAUAUGCCUUUUAAUAAGUCACCUGACACUUAGUACAGCCAUGAAGAGACCCUCAGUCAAGCCUUCCAAGAGGAAACAAGCGAACAGCUACAAAAGAACUAGGCAGGCACAGUUGGAAGGAAGUAAGACAACGUGAUAGUGGAAGAAUUCAGCAAGCAGAGCACAGAGCUCCACAAAAAGACAAACAAUAUAGACUUGCCCAAAGAUAA